ACCGGUAAGCAGGGCAGCGCCAAUUUUCGGCAAUAUAAAGAGGUGUCUGGGCUGAACACGACUCAAAUCAAGAUCAGCUUCCCAUCCAGACAGCAACAUGUUCAAGAUUCUCAUCAUCUCGUUGGCCCUCUGCCUGGUAACGGUUGUUUUGUCUGCUCCAGUGGAUCAUGUCACUUCCACCACCCAGCCACCCGUGGCCAUUCUAGAAUCGUCGAAUGAAAAGCACGAGGAUGGUUCCUACAACUUCUCCUACCUUUCCGAGGACGGCACCCAUCGGCGUGAGGAGGCUGUGCUGAGGAAUCCGGGCACGGACAACGAGUACCUCGAGAUAAGCGGCUCCUACUCCUACUUUGAUGCCAAUGGCCAGGAAGUGACCGUCACCUACAAGGCCGACGACCAUGGCUUCGUACCCGAAGGCGGUGCCAUAUUGCCGCAGAUUUCGGUGGCCGCCAAACAAGUUAGCCAGCUGGUGGCCCAGCCCGAUCUGGAGUACGCCAAGCCUCCAAAGCCCUAAUAAAGAUCUGAUACGAAUCGAAUCGAA